AUGUUGCUUUGUCUAAAUAAAUCGUCAAUAAAGAGUCUCUUUAGAAGCACUAACCACUCAUGUGAAAGUUUAACUGAGAGAGAGAGAAGAAGAUCAACUGCUGAAAAUUUAGACAUUAAUACCUAUUUAAGUUCAUUAUAAAUGAUGAGUGAUAGAAAGGAUAUUGAUAAAAGAAUAUUUAAAAAUUUAAUUUAAAGUAAAACCAAAAAGACUCCUUUAAAACAAAAUCUAUUUGCAAGUAAUUCAGUAAAGGAAUUAAAUCAAUCUACUUAAUAAUCAGCAUCUAGAUAAAAACCAUUUACCAGAGCUAGAUUUGCAUCUCAAAGAUCAACAAUUUUAGGCAAAUAAGCUUAAGCAUAAGAUUAAUAUGAUGAAUAAAAUAGUGAGAAACUUUAAUUACUUAAUGAAUCUCUCUUUAAACUUGUUGGAUAAUUAUUAAAAUUAAAAGAUGAAAUGAAUAACAAUAGAAAGUUUUAUCUAUAAAUUUAUAAACUAAUAGGCUUAAAGAAAACUCUUUAAAAAUUAUUAUUUAAUUUAGAAACAUAAACAAUAAUUGAACCUUUAACAGUAUAUCAUUUGAAAUAAAAUAUAUGUAUCAAAGAACAUGUAAUGGAUGGAACCACUCUUUUAACUCUUGAUACUUAUAAUUUUAAUAUUAUUAGAGAUAUCAACUUUUUAAUUGAAAAAAUUGAUGAAUUAUAAAUACAAACAGAAGCAAAUGGAAUUCGUUAACUUGAAUAUAAAGUAUCACUCAUUCUUUUAUUAGAUUACAGAUGAAAUUUAUAAUCUCAAAAUGGAACAAAAUAAAAUGAAACAUAAAAGAGUUCAAAGUCCUAAAUUAUUGUUUCAACAAAGAAUUAUGAGAAAUCAAUUAUUACCAGAAGGUAGCAUGGAAUAAAUAGAACAAAAAUUUGGACCAUUUCCACUUAUUUAAAAUAAAAACAAAAUCAUUCAUAAUUAGAUUUAGACUAUAAUUAAUAAUCUCAAUAUCAAAUUUAAAUAUUGA